GCCCCCUUCCAGUCUGACGUCGGUCCCGCCUUCGUCGUGUCUUCGCCUCCUUCCGUCCUCCUCCUCCACUAUCCGAAUUGCCCUCCCGUGAACGUCUUGACUACCGGGCGCUGUUCCACCGCAACAGAUGUCCCAAAAGGAGCUUCAAGGUUGAUUUACGCUUUCACCAGCACAACAGGGGGAAAUCGAUGUCUGCGAGUUAGCUGGCCGUGCGGAGGACACCUCCACCUGCAGCCAUGAACGGUGGCGCCGCCUGGUCCAUCUCCCCGGAGGAGCGAGGGAAGCACGACAAGCAGUUUGACACCUUGGCCCCCGUCCUGGGCUACGUCUCGGGCGAGCAAGCCCGAGGAUUCUUCCUGCAGUCGGGCCUGCCGCCGGCCGUCCUGGCCGAGAUCUGGAACCUGGCCGAUGUGGACGGCGACGGCAAGAUGGACCGGCAGGAGUUCUCCAUUGCCAUGAAGCUCAUCAAGGUGAAACUGCAGGGCCGCAGUUUGCCCGCGGCGCUGCCCAUGGGCUUGAGGCAGCUUUCUGUCCCCUCGUCGGCCCGCUUUGGGACGGGUUCUUUGCCAAACUUGUCGGUCGCCAUGCCGCCGCCGCCCAUGUCCAUGCUAACCCCCAUCCCCGCUAACCCCCUCGUGCGAGUGGCGCCACCCGUGAUGACGCUGCCGCUGGGCGCCCCGUUGGGAUUCGCCGGCUUCCCCCGCUGCCACCUUCACUUCCUCGGCCCCGCCCCUCCCAUGGCCGCAGGUCCUCCCCUGUCGGGUUUCUCCUCGCCACUGACCUUUUCUCCGCCUGGAAGCCGGGGCAUGUCUCAGGCCAACUCUCUGGUGGACCUUGGCUCCAGCAGCUCCAACUCUUCGUCCACCACCUCACUGGCCAGCAACUCUCCUAAGGCGGCGGCGGCGGGCUCGAGCGACUGGGCCGUGCCUCAAGCGUCCAGACUCAAGUAUCGGCAGCAGUUCAACACGCUGGACAAGCUCAUGAGCGGCUACUUGUCAGGACCUCAAGUGAGAAAUGCACUGAUUGCAUCCAACCUCACGCAGACUCAGCUGGCUGCUAUCUGGAACCUGGCAGACGUGGACAAGGACGGCCGUCUGCGGGCCGACGAGUUCAUUCUGGCCAUGCAUCUGGUGGACACUGCCAAGACGGGCCGCCCGCUGCCGCUCACCCUGCCCCAAGACCUCAUCCCGCCUUCUCUCAGAGGUGGCCUCAAGUGCGGCGAGCUCCUCAACGGCAGCGGACCUUAUGGCAGCCCCUCUUUGAUGGACUCACCGGAGAUAGAACCCGUCCUGAAGAACAAGAGCAGCGUGUCCUUUGAGGACAAACUGAAGGAGAACUUUGCACGUGGCAGCGCCGAGCUAGAGAAACGAAGGCAGGCUCUGGAGGAGCAGCAGAGGAAGGAGCGAGAGCGCCGGGCCCGUGAGGAGCGGGAGGACCGGGAGCGGCGGGAGAGGGAAGCCCGUCAAAGCGAACAGCGGCGCCGGCUAGAGGAGGAGCGGCGCCUGGAGAGGCAGCGCCAAGUGGAGCGGCAGCGCGAGGAGGAGCGGCUGAGGGAGCUGGAGAGGAAGGAGCAGGAGCUGGAGCGCCAGCGGCAGGAGCAGUGGGAACGCAGUCGCAGGGAGGAGUUGAUCAGGACGCGAGACGGUGACCAACAGGAACUCUGUCAGCUCCGAGCCAAGAAGAAGAGUCUGGAAAUGGAGCUGGAGGCCGUGGGCAACAAGCACAAGCAGAUCUCGGACCGCCUCCGCGACGCGCAGAGCAAGCGACGCGUCCGGAAGGCCGAAGUGGAGCUCAUCAACCAGAAGAGAGACACGCGCGUCGCCGAGAUCAACGCGCUGCAGAUCCAGUUGGAGGAAUGGCAGCUGAAGCUCUCCUCGCUGGCUCCCGAGCAUCAGAAGCUGACUGAGAAGCUGCGUAACGUCAAUCUCAACAGAAUUUUACCCUCGACGUUGUCCUCGCUGGCGGCCAAGGUGAGCGACAAAGGCGUGGCCUGCCGCCAUCUGAAGGAGCAGCUGGACGCCCUGCAGAAGGAAACCACAGACAAGCUGGCACAGAUGCAAUUGCACAACAAAGAACUUCAGCUCGAGGACAUGGAUGACUGUCUGCUGAGAGCGCUUCUGUCUCUGCUGGCUUGUCUCAGCCAACUCUUUCUUCUCUUCAAGGAGCUGAGGGAGAAGCAGGUCAAGCAACAGUCGGUCCUGGAUGACUUGCGGCGCGUCAAGGAGGAGAAAUCGCGCCAGUUGAAGAGAUGCAAGGAGGAGGAAGAGGAGCGGCGGAGGAGAGAGGAAGAGGAGGAGAGAGCCAGGCGGAGGAAAGAGGAGGAGAAGGAGCGGGAGAGACGGAGGAAAGUGGAGGAGGAGCGGCGGAAGAGGGAGGAAGAGGAGGAGCGGGAGAGACGGAGGAAAGAGGAAGAGGAGCAGCAGAGGAGGGUGGAAGAGGAGCAGGAGAGACUGAGGAAAGAGGAGCGGGAGAGACGGCGGAGAGAGGAAGAGGAGGAAGCCAGGCGGGCCAAGCUGGAGCAGGAGAGGAUGGCCAGGGAGGAGGAGGAGGAGCGAAAAAGGAGGGAAGAGGAGGCUCGAAGGACACAGGAGGAGGCUCGAAGGGCACAGGAGGAGGCGCGAAGGGCGCAGGAGGAGGUGCAGGCGGCCUCCAGGGUGCACCUCUACAAAGCGCUGUACUCGUUUGCAGCACGCAACAAGGACGAGCUGAGCAUCGACGCCGACUGCCUCAUCGAGGUGGACGAGCAGACGGUGGGCGAGCCGGGCUGGCUGUGCGGCAGUUACCGUGGCAACAAGGGCUGGUUCCCUCACAGUUACGCCGAGAAAUGCGCCGAGACCGGCUCAGCGCCGCCCGCUUCCUGUCCGGCGCCGCUUCCUGUCGCCGGAGUGACGGAUGGCGAACGCGUGGACAACGAUGGCGCUCCUCUCGUACAGUCAGACGUGUCACAGUUUCCAGCUCCUGGCCCGACUCAGAUCGGGUCACCCUGGUCGGCCACCACCACCAGCAUCACCACUGCUUCCUCCGAAACAAACGUCAACCUCCCGUUCGAGGGAGAAAUGGCCGCAGACACGGAGCCGGCAGAUGGAGGCGACGGUGCUCAACUUGAAGAAUAUGUGGCGCUGUACACGUACGAGAGCCCGGAGGCGGGCGACCUCACCUUCGAGGAGGGCGACGUGCUGGUGGUGACGGAGCGGGAAGGCGAGUGGUGGCGAGGCUGCAUCGGCGACCAAAUCGGCCUUUUCCCGUCCAACUACGUCAGGCCCGUGGAGCUGGAGGUGUCAAGACUCGGUGGGCCAACAAAGAAGCCCGAGCUCGCCCAGGCAGUCGCCGCCUCUGCCGCCGUUGCCCCGGCGAUGCAUCAGCUUCAUCUGUCUCCCAGGCAACUUGUUGUGGUCCUGGCCAAGAACUCCAGUGGCUGGUGGUUGGGAGAACUGCAGGCCCGUGGCAAGAAGCGUCAGAGAGGCUGGCUUCACUCGUCCCAUGUCAAGCUCCUUGGACCCUCCGGCAACAAGUCGUCCCCCUCGCCUCUACCAGUGUGCCAAGUCAUCGCCAUGUACGACUACACGGCGGCCAACCCCGACGAGCUGAGCUUCUCCAAGGGCCGGCUCAUCAACGUCCUGGACAAGACCAACCCGGACUGGUGGAAAGGCGAAGCCGACGGCGUCACGGGGCUGCUCCCCACCAACUACGUCAAGAUGACCACCGAGUCCGACCCCAGUCAGCAAUGGUGCGCGGACCUGAUGACGCUGGACACCAUGAGCCCCCAGGAAAGGAAGAGGCAGGGUUACAUCCACGAGCUCAUCCGCACUGAGGAGACCUACGUGGACGACCUGGAGCUGGUGCUGGAGGUGUUCUACAAGCCCAUGUCGGAGUCGGGUCGCCUAACGGAAGCGGAGAUGGGCGUCAUUUUCAUCAACUGGCGAGAGCUGAUCGUGUGCAACAGCAGACUGCUGCAGGCGCUGCGCCUGCGCAAGCAGACGGGCGGCGACAACAUGCCGGUGCAGCUGAUCGGCGAUCUGCUGGCGUCGGAGCUGACGCGAUUGCGGCCCUACGUCGGCUUCUGCUCUUGCCAGCUCAACGCCGCCGCCCUGCUGCAGAGCAAAACCCAUAACCAGCCCGACUUCAAGGACUUCCUCAAGAAAAUCGCCACCAACUACCGCUGUAAGGGGAUGCCUCUGUCCAGCUUUCUUCUCAAGCCCAUGCAGAGGAUAACCCGCUACCCUCUGCUCAUAAAGAACAUCCUGGAGCACACGCCCAAGCAGCACGCGGACCACGCCCCCCUGCGGGAGGCUCUGGAGCGGGCCGAGGAGCUGUGCUCUCAGGUCAACGAGGGCGUCAGGGAAAAGGAGAACUCGGACCGCCUGGAGUGGAUCCAGAGCCACGUGCAGUGCGACGGCGCCAUCGAGAACUUGGUGUUGGACUCGCUGACCAAUUGCCUCGGACCGCGCAAGCUGCUGCACAGCGGCCGGCUGCACAAGAGCAAGAGCAGCCGCGAAUUGUGGGCCUUCCUCUUCAACGACUUCCUGCUCCUGACGCAGAGCGCCAAGUCCUUGUCCUUCUCCGGGCCCGACAAGCUCUUCGGACCCAAGAGCAGCGGCGUCCAGCUCAAGAUGUACAAAGCGCCGCUCUUUCUCAAUGAGGUUCUGGUCAAAAUGCCACCGGACCCGUCCAGCGACGAGCCGCUCUUCCUCGUCUCGCACAUCGACCGCGUCUACUCGCUCAGGACGGACACCUUGAAUGAAAGGGCGGCGUGGGUACAGAAAAUCAAAGUGGCGUCUGAACUUUUCAUCGAGACGGAGAAGAAGAAACGUGAGAAGGCCUAUCAAGCUCGCUCUCUGAAGGCGAGCGGCAUCGGCAGGCUUCUGGUGACCGUCUCUGAGGCCCAAGAGCUCAAAGCUAGCAAGCCCAACGGCAAGAGCAACCCGUACUGCGAGCUAACCAUGGGCGCCCAGUGCUACACGUCUCGACCCGCCAGCAACACGCUCAACCCCAAGUGGAACUUCAACUGCCAGUUCUUCAUCAAAGACCUCUACCAGGACGUCCUGAGCAUCACCGUCUUUGAGAAGAACCAGUUCUCGCCGGAUGACUUCCUGGGUCGCGCCGAGGUUCCCGUGGCGACCAUCAAGAAGGAAAUGGAGAGCAAAGGCGCCGCCGGUCGUCGCCUGCUGCUCCACGAAGUCCCCACCGGAGAAGUCUGGGUCAAGUUGGACCUGCAGCUCUACGAGCCGCCCCACAAAUGACUUCUGAGCCGCGUUGCGCUCACAAGUGCCUUGCCCCACAAAUGGCAAUCGUAUCUUUUUCAUUUUCCAAACACAACCUUUUGGACCUGACGUUGUGAUGAUGAGCUUUUAUUCGUCCAAACGUGUCGGGUAGAUGAUGCAGCUCAGAUGUGGUCAAAGGUGAAAUAAACACAACAUGCUGUCCA